GUCUCAAAGGAGUUAGGAUAACAUAUUCCUAUAACGAUAAAUUUGUUUAUAAGUAAAUAUCAAAAAAUCCAAAAGGUAUCACAGACGUUAGAAGACGCAGUCACCAUAUUGGCUGCUUUGUUUACUCGUUAUUCCCACACACUUCUCUAUAUGUAUCAGCCAUAUUUUCUGUAUUCUUUCUUUUUUCGAGGUACUGUUCGCACCGACUGACGCACUUGUUUACUAAACUACGCUCUAGGUGCCGCGCAUGUAACGCUGAGAUCGUGGUAAACGUCAUUGAUACCCUUCCAACUUCUUGUAUACGACGUUCUUUUCUCAUUGCGGCAGCUGCGCUUUCUAUAAAACAAAAACCUUUCUUUAUAUAUAUAUAUUUUCUCCUCCUCCUUUUUAAAAAGUUCUCAAUUUGCGAGAAGUAGCUCGUUACGAGCUGGCAAUUUUUUUUUUCCCUGUACGUGUGUGUGUGUCUUUGCUCGCAGCUCCAAGCGAAACAAACAAUAGAAUUUGCUCUUGUGUCACUCGGACGCAAACCAUUAUUUAUUAAACUCUUUUUCUUCUCCCUCUUUUCUUUUUAUUACUAUUACUUGAAAACUCAACAGACUGUUCUUUGUUUGUUUCGUCCAAACGAGCGUUCUCGAAACUUUUGGAAUCCUCCGAAGUGAGAGAAAGCGCUUCGCUGACUGUUUGGCGGUGAUUUACAUGAACUAUCGAUUCUCGUUUUUACCUUUUUCUUCUUUGGUUUCCACACCUAUUAAAUUCGGUCUUUGUUUGUUUCGCUGGCGGUUUUUUUUUCUGAUCUCGCUUCUUGCUGCCAGCCUUGAAGCAGCUACUCAUCUUUACUGUAAACGGUGCUGUGUCUGCACGUCCUUACUAGUCACCGACUACAAAUUCAACGAAAGAAGACGUUUUUUUCCAGCUGUCCUUAGAAGGUUAUUCCUUUUCUUAUUUCUCCUCCUUCUUUUUUGCUUCCAGUUUCCAGUUUGCUGAUUACUGGGACGACUCAGCAGCUGCUUUCUCUUCUUCGCCGUUUCGAUUGUUCUUUCUACUGUUAUUGUUAUUGUUGUUGUUCUUCACGCUUCUCUUCUUUGUGUUUGUUCUCGCAACUGUGAUCAGCGCCGUUUUGUUGUCCGUGAACUAUCACCGUUUUCUACCGCUCUCUAUUUUCAUCUGGUACAACUUCUACGUUGAGCUUUAUGCGGCUAAGAGAAACCACUAUUUUGCGUCGUAGUAGUAGUAGUAGUAGUAGUAUCGUUUAGGUGGACGUGCGUGUCCGUUGAGGCGCCAAAACUCGUCUCCGCACUGCAAUUUGGAAAAAAGAGGGUUUAAAAGGAAAGGGAUUAAGACCGCGUCUGAUUGACGUUACCGUGGUGGUUGAACUGGUGCGAGCAGUGUGUGUAACUUCACAGGGAAAGACGUGUGAGAUUGAUUUCCUUCCUUUCCUAUGCGUGUGUGUGAGCGAGGGUGUUUUUUUUUCCUUUCUGUGUGUGUGUGAAAGACACUAUCGUUUCUCUUUGUGUUGUUAUUGUAUUGUAACGAGCACGUGGGAGUGAGCAGGUUUCGAUUUAACUCUUCAUUUUAUUUUAUCUCUCUCUCUCUCUUGGGUGAUACCGACGGUUUCGUCCAGCUUUGAUUUGUGGUGGAGUGCUCUCCUUCGUAGACGCGGAAGAUCUCAAUUUCCGAUUUCGCCGGAACACCGUGGAGGCAGCUCGUUUGUCUUCGUGGUUCUUCCCGCCCAGAUGAGCGCCUUUGACACCCAAAGUCCCUUCUCCAACCGGCGGGUGUCGCAUUUUGCCACCCCGACUCGCCGCAGCAGCCCCUUCGCUACCGCCGACGCCGAGCUGUCCGCCAUCACCGCUGGCUGCGCGGAUCGCGGCCGCUGCCGUGACGUGCCCAGCGCGCGGUGCGACGUCCGCACCUCGAACUGCACCCCUGUGCGAGCAGCGGCAGAAGAUGUGUCUGCAGCGCACAAGCAGCGCGGUGCGACGUCGCCUGUGACGGUGCGGGCUGCGGUACGUCAAAUGGCUGUAUCGCCGCGUUGCCGUCGCUGCACCGGGCCGGCCUUCGCCGAAGUGGACGUCCUCUGUGGGUCGCCGCGUGUACAUCUCGCCCUCCCGCCGUUCCGGUGUGGUCAUGGCCGUAAGGCGUCGCAGUUCGGUGAGCUCAACUGCGCGUUGGUGCUGCAAGACAGUCACGCUGAUUUCCACGUAGUGAAGUCGCCCCUCCCCGACCUCGAGGACCGCAGCGCGAGUGAGCCGAAGACGACGGCUUCAUCCCUCUCCAUGACGCCGACGGAGCCGAACAUUGCGUCGCCCACGUCUAAGCACCCUUUCCUGUGCAUCGCAUCGGAGUCACUCGCCGUCGAGGAGGGAAACUCCAGCGUCAACAGCACCAAGAGCCUUCGUUCACCUAACUCGCCCUCCUUCAGCUUCUUCGCUGCAGUGAGUGAGAAGCGCAACUCGCGAGGGCUGGCGAUGAAGCUGGACAGCGCAAGAAACGCCGGGGAGCAGCCGUCGGUGGUGAGCCCGCCCUACUCUGCGCCGCGCCCGGGACAAAGCCCAUGGAAUGACACGACGGCCGCUAGCCUGAGCAGCAGCGCACUCCCAGCGGAGGUGAAUGUCUUCUCGCCUCUCCGCUUUGACUCCCGCGCUGCUCCUUCGAUGCAGUCACAGGGACUCUCCUCCGUCAGCCCAUCCCACCACUCCUCCAUGCGGCUUCUGCCACCACCUGGGUGCUCCUCGCAGUGGCACCUCGAGGACGGCAGGGACAUCUGGGCCCCCGAUGUGGGCGCCUCUCAAGAUCACGCACGUGAUGCCGUGAUGCAGCAACGGCUUCUGCACGCGUUUUUGGCCGUUCUCACGCGCGAGACCGCAGAGCAGGAAAGCGAGGCGCAGUGCCUGCGGUGGCGUCGCCUCAGCGGCGUUUUGCGGCAACUGGUUCACGUUCUUCUGCGUCUGCCGCUGCGUAUUCUCACGCAGCUGUGCGUUCUCUGCCCACGGAAGGUAGCGAGUAGCAUACCGCUGCAGUGCUUUUCGAGGCGAGGCGUAUCUGCCGCCUCGUCAUAA